CAUCAUUGCAUCAUACUAUGUACAUGAUGGAGAACCCAGCCUCAUCAUACAAGAAGCUGAAGACCACCCGGGAACUUACAUACAACUAUCUAUCGGUCAGGGCACAGGCGGGGAGACCUACCCUAUUGUUCAUGCAUGGGUUCCCUGACACCUCGCACGGGUGGUACCACCAGAUCGAUCACUUCCGUACCAAAGGCUACGGAUUGGUUGUUCCUGACAUGCUAGGGUACGGAGGGACAGAAAAACCCACCGAUCCAGCUGCUUUUGCCCAUACAACUAUUGCGCAGGAUAUAGUGGAUAUUCUCAACGCUGAGGGUGUGGAAAGUGCAUAUGCGAUCGCCCACGAUUGGGGCAGUCCAAUAGCCUCUAUCCUCUCAAUCAGGCACUCCGAGCGGUUCUUAGGUUUCGUGUUUAUCGCGGUGCCUUACGGGGUCCCAUCCAAAUUCCCGCCCCUGGAAUUGGCUCUAAAGGAGCAAGAAAAAGUAUAUGGCCGGCCUGUGAUGGGAUACUGGACCUUUCUCACAAAAGACAAUGCAGCGUCCGAGAUAGAGAAAAACGUAGAGUCCCUGCUUGAUGUUCUCUAUCCUGCCGAUCCAGAAAUAUGGACGACGCUUGUGAACAUACCAGGAAAUCUGGAGUCUUUUGUAGUGGAAGGGAGGCGCCUUGCAAGUGCGACUUAUCUCCCUGAGAUUCCCCGAGAGCAACUCAAGAAUUUACUGGUUCAAGGGGGAAUGACAGGUCCUUUGAACUGGUACAACUCCAUGGUCCAAGGCGUUAACGACGAUAUCAUUGACGAGACGGAGGAUUUAUUCAUAAGACGGCCCACAUUAAUGGCUCUCGCCAAGUUCGACUACGUCGCCAUCGAGAGUUACGUGACUUCCAGCAUGCAGCAGUACACUCCGGUGGAACUAUUGACUGAAAGACGGUACGACACGGGUCAUUGGAUUCACCUGGAGGACCCGUUACGCUUUAACAGUGACCUCGAGCAAUGGAUCGAAAUGGUGACAAAGAAUUGAAAAGACACUACUGAAUGUGCCUUCACUUACAAUCCCAAUCAUUGUCGUUUACCUCACGUCAUUACAGUCAAUAUAAGGAAACCCCCAAUGCCAUAUGCACACUCCCUCAACAGCCACUGUGGGAUAUAUAUCAAACCGGCAGGUGCAGC